CCUUCAGGCUGCUGGUGGUCUGAGAACUGGGGAGUCAACCUCUUCCCUCAGUGGGCUGGACCUGGGGGGGGGGUUGUGGGCAGGAGAGAAGCACCUCCCACAGUGCUGCCACCUUCUUGAGCCAGCGGGAGGUGGGGUGAAGUUGAGCCUGGAUUAGCCUGGGAGGGCAGGGAGGCUGCUAGAGCUGCAGGGUGGCCAGAGAAGGGGGUGUGGAUAGGCGAAUGCACCAUGCCGCUGCAGGACGACACCCUCCGAGAGGUGUGGGCCUCGGACAGUGGACAUGAAGAGGAAGGCCAGAGCCCCGAGGUCCAGCAGCGCCCCAAGCAGCGACCCGCCAAGGGGCAGAAGUUGAGGAAGAAGAGGACGGAGGCUCCCGAGUCCCCGGGCCCUAAGGGAUCCAAGCCCCGGAGACCUGCCGGCGGGCGGGGGGCCGAGCCUGGGGGCGCCCCCGAGGAUGAAGAGGAAUCAGAGGACCACGAAGAGGAAGAGGAGGCGGAGGAAAAGAAGGAGAAAAUCCCUCUGCCACCCAAGAAGGUUCCUAAAGAGAAGACUUCUGCCGGGGUCAAGGAGAGGAAGGCCAAGGCCCAGGGUCAGAAGGGGGACCUGGGAAGCCCUGUCCCCCCAGCCAAACCUCUGCGCAUUAAGAAGGAGGCGCCAGCGGGGGAGGGGCCCAAGAUGAGAAAGACGAAGAAGAAAGGGUCUGGGGAGGCUGACAAGGACCCCUCAGGGAGCCCAGCCAGAGUGAGAAAGAAGACUACAGCAGCCAUGUUUCUGGUUGGGGAAGAAGGGCCAGCUGAGAAAGCUCCGAAGAAGAAAGGCACUUCCAAAGGCCCAGAAGAGGAGAGGAAGGAGGACGAGGAGGAGGAGGAAGAAGUGGCAGCCGUGGGAAUGAAGAACAGCAAUCAGAAGGGCAAAGCGAAAGGAAAAGGCAAAAAGAAAGCGAAGGAAGAGAGAGCCCCAUCCCCACCCAUAGAAGUGGAUGAACCCCAGGAGUUUGUGCUCCGGCCUGCCCCUCAGGACCGGACGGUGCGCUGCAGGCUGACCCGGGACAAGAAGGGCAUGGAUCGGGGCUUGUAUCCCUCCUACUUCCUGCACCUGGACACAGAGAAGAAGGUGUUCCUCCUGGCAGGCAGGAAGCGGAAACGUAGCAAGACGGCCAAUUACCUCAUCUCCAGCGACCCCACCAAUCUGUCCCGAGGAGGGGAGAAUUUCAUUGGGAAGCUGAGGUCCAAUCUCCUGGGCAACCGCUUUACCGUCUUUGACAAUGGGCAGAACCCGCACCGUGGAGGAGGCAGCACUAAUGUGGGGAGCCUUCGGCAGGAACUGGCAGCUGUGAUCUAUGAAACCAACGUGCUGGGCUUCCGGGGUCCCCGGCGCAUGACGGUCAUCAUUCCUGGCAUGAAUACGGAGAACGAGAGGGUCCCCAUCCGGCCGCGAAAUGCCAGCGAUGGGUUGCUGGUGCGCUGGCAGAACAAAACACUGGAGAGCCUCAUCGAGCUGCACAACAAGCCACCUGUUUGGAACGAAGACAGCGGCUCCUACACCCUCAACUUCCAAGGUCGAGUCACACAAGCUUCAGUCAAGAACUUCCAAAUUGUCCACGCCGAUGACCGACUGGGACCCCAGGAGAUCUUGCCCCCCCACCGGUCUGUGUCUACAGCCGACUACAUCGUACUGCAGUUCGGGCGCGUGGCCGAGGACGCCUUCACCCUAGACUACCGGUAUCCGCUGUGCGCCCUGCAGGCCUUCGCCAUCGCCCUCUCCAGUUUCGACGGGAAGCUGGCCUGCGAGUGACCCCAGCAGCCCCCAGCGCCCGCCAAGGGCGGGGGAAAGGAUUCAGUGGAGGCUUGCAGGGUCCACUCGCCAAAGCCCCCACUGAAGACUCCUCUCUUGUCCGGGGCUGACCCCUCACUGUCUCCGAGUGACCUCCAUCCACUCCCCAGCCCGGCACAGGCCGAGGCAGGGAGGAGCUCAGACUGCGGUCCGACAGAGAUGAAGAACAUCUGGAGUCGGGAGCCGCACAUCUGGUCGCGGAGCUAGCCUGAGCCGCUUCACCAACCGCCCCCCUUCCCCGCCCCGCGCCCCAGUCACUUCCUGCCCAGGAGCAGUAGUCAGUGUUGUUUUAACCCCCUCCGGGAUCGAGGAGUGGGGCGGGCUCGGAAGAGGGGGUAGGUGAUGCGGGCGGAACACCGGGUACACACAUCCCCAAUAAAGCCGCGUCCCAGAC